GCGAGUGCAGGGACCCCCCUCCCCCAACCCUGUGACUGUGCCGAAUCCUCGGGCCGACUGGGGGGCCCCUGUUACCUGAGCAGAAGCAGCACCAGCAUGUGCCGUGUCCGUGCCCGGGGGACAUCCGUGUAGGGAAGGGCCCAGCUCUCCCCAUGGCCUUCCCGGGCUCGGGCCGUUCCAUUCCGGGGCAGCUGUGCGCGGGGGUGUUCAGUGGUCUCAUCCAGCCCCCCCUGGGCCAAAAGUUCUACUGUCCCAAUGGGGGAGGGGCUGUUCCUUCGCCUUUACCCCAAGCUCUCAGCGCCCCCCAGUGUAACGGGGAAGGGAGAGACCCGGAGCCCGACAGGCCCAUCGGAUACGGGGCAUUCGGAGUGGUCUGGUCGGUGACUGACCCUCGGGAUGGCAAACGUGUUGCUCUCAAGAAGAUGCCGAACGUCUUCCAAAACCUGGUGUCCUGCAAGAGGGUCUUCAGAGAACUCAAGAUGCUCUGCUUCUUCAAACACGACAAUGUUCUGUCGGCACUGGAUAUCCUGCAGCCCCCCCAGAUCGACUGCUUUGAAGAGAUAUAUGUGAUCACAGAGCUCAUGCAGACUGAUCUGCACAAGGUUAUAGUGUCCCCCCAGCCGCUCAGCUCCGACCACAUCAAGGUUUUCCUCUAUCAGAUCCUACGCGGCCUGAAGUAUCUGCACUCUGCUGGGAUUCUGCACCGAGACAUUAAACCAGGAAAUCUGCUUGUCAACAGCAACUGUGUUCUAAAGAUCUGUGACUUUGGCCUGGCCCGAGUGGAGGAACUGGACGAGUCCCAGCACAUGACGCAGGAGGUGGUGACUCAGUAUUACCGGGCCCCUGAGAUCCUGAUGGGGAGCCGACACUACCGCAGUGCCAUUGAUAUCUGGUCUGUCGGCUGCAUCUUCGCUGAACUCCUGGGACGAAGAAUUCUUUUUCAGGCACAGAGCCCCAUUCAACAGCUGGACCUGAUCACGGAUCUCCUGGGCACCCCCCCUCUCACCGCCAUGCGCUCGGCCUGUGAGGGAGCAAGAGCUCACAUUCUGCGUGGCCCCCACAAGCCGCCGUCCCUCUCAGUCCUGUACAUGCUCUCGGGAGAAGCUACCCAUGAGGCUGUUCACCUCCUGUGCCGGAUGCUGCUGUUUGACCCGCUGAAGCGGAUCUCUGCCAAGGAUGCCCUGGCCCAUCCCUAUCUAGAAGAAGGUCGUCUGCGCUACCACACGUGUAUGUGUCACUGCUGCUACUCCGUGUCCUCUGGGCGGGUCUACACUGCAGACUUCGAGCCCACGGCCACCAACCGAUUUGAUGACUCCUAUGAGAAAAGCCUAACUUCUGUCUGGCAGGUCAAAGAGCUGGUUCAUCGCUUUAUCACUGACCAGCACCAGGGGAAGCGCCCCCCGCUGUGCAUUAAUCCGCACUCUGCAGCCUUCAAAACCUUCAUCAGAUCAACAGCGUGGCAUUCCUCAAAAGUUUCCAAGAAGGAAGAAAGAUGAAGAGUCGUCUCAGGAUUAGGCUUCUUGUCCCCCCCUCUUCUCGGGCUGUUAAAUCCCCAGGGCAUAAAGUGAUCUGUUGCUUCUUCAGCUGCUGAAUGGGAGCAUCUCGCCUGCUUAUCCCUUUCUCCCCUUUCCCCCAGCCCAUUCCCUCUUAAAUGGUUUACCUGACACCCCAACACCUUUCUCGUUCAUCACCACAACUGCAUUUUGCCUCCCAGAAUCCUGUGUGGUUCCAUUCCUCCCCCCAAUGGGGGGGCGGCCGUGAUUGGCUGAGGGCCCUGUUCCAUGGAUAAAGGACGCUGUAAAUAUUUUCUGUACAGAGUUUUUCUCUGCCUUAUCCAACUUCCCCUCUCCAGCACUGUCCCGAUAUUCUGUCAUGUUGUGUCACACCCACGGUCUGAACCCUGUGCUGCCAUGUUGGUUUUUAUUUUUGCUCUAAGGCAAUGGAGAAGCCCAAUACAAACAUUUCUCAAUUUUAUACAGCAGGGUACACUGGGAAAUGUUGUUGGCAGCAGCCUUGUGUUACUCUGCUAGUUCUGGUACAGCAGUGACACCCUGGGGUUAUUGACCCUUCUCAUGAGAGUCUCAGUGGUAUUGCAAGAGGUUAAAGACGGCUGUGGUAGGUUCCAUAAUUAACCCUGUCAUUCCUGGGGACAGCAGUUGCAGUAGGCCAUGGCAGGUCGCGUGUCCCAGACAGAAUAUGUUUUGACUGUUUAUUCCUCCCUUCUCACGACUUCCUCAUUUUUAACUUAUAUCUUGUGUACAGAUGUGUGUGUCACGUUGUGUUAGGGCCGAGUGAAAUGUAUCACUGUACCGAUGGUUUGAAACCCAUUCAAUAAUCUACCUCUUCCAUUAAGUGUUUAUUUUUAUUAUGAUUUAUGUUUAAAUAUUGUUUUUUGUUUUUUUUCCUCAAUGUGAAAAAACCCAGAAUCCCUGAAAACUUGAAUUUAGCGUCUAAAAGGUUUUAUUUAGCGUCUGUUGGGUGAGCCUG